UUUAUAGAGAGAGAGAGAGAGCUAUACGAAUUCUUCAUAUUGAUUGACACAAUUGUUUAUGACUAGCUUGAGCAUCCUUCAGCAAAUCCUUCCGGUUGAGGAAAAGGACAAUAACCCAGGGACCAAUCCGAUAGAAUUGAAAACUUUAUCCCAAUAUGCUAAACUGGUGAAAAACCCUCCACACUCUCUUGAACAAUUGAGGUCAAGUUUAGAUCCAAUAAAUCGGGCAUUGGAUGCCACUCCAGAGGAACUAUACCUGCUCAUUGACCAAUUCGAACAACAUAAACAGGAUAUAGAGUCACAGAAACAAAAAUUGUUACCCAUUCAAACCAUUCUUUCCCAAUUCAAUUCAGAUUUAAAACAACUCCUGUCAUCUCUUAUACUGUCUAGGGAAAAAUCUACACAACUCUCACAAGAUUUAUAUUCACAAAAUGAUCUUACUGAAAGGUUAAAUCCAAUCAUUCUAGACUUGAUGGUGCCCCCAGACAUCGUCAAGUCCAUUAUGAAGGCUCCUAUUGACCCAGAAUGGUUAGAAAAUUUGAGGUUCCUCACGGAAAAGUCUCAACUUGUAAAAUCAGAUACCAACCCAUACAAGGGUUCGAAAGCAUUGGAAGAGCUUGAGGAAGCAAUUGUAGUGUUGACUGCCAAGUGUGUGGAACGGAUUAGAGACCAUAUCAUUGGACAGGUCAAAUUGCUUCGUCUGCUGUCCACACAUACUUCAUCACAACAAAUCCAAAAGGACCUUCUUCUUGUCAAGGAAAUUUAUCCAUUCUUAUUUCAACACCAUGAGGAACUUGCAAAGCAAUUAAGAUUGGCUUAUACGUAUACCAUGAAAUGGUAUUAUGAAACCAAAUUUGCUAAAUAUAUAUACGCAUUGCAGAAACUUCGUCUUCGUCAUGUUAACAAUACCUUGGUGUUAGGAAGCUUGUCUACCAAAGAAGAUAAAUCUGGAGUGUUUGGGUUUGGUUUGAAAGGAUGGUUCAAUGGAAGUACUGGUGCUGCCCCAUCAUCUGCUUCGUCAACUUCUCAACUAAUGAAUACACCAGAUUCCACAAUGCUGCCCCAAUCUCCUCAAACUCAUAAAAUUCUCAUGUCAGAAUACCUUCCAUCUAUUGAAAAAAGAAUGACGAUUCUUCAACCAGCUGAAGAAGGUGAACCAGACCAGGCAAUUCCUUCGCAAAUUGCAGAAACAACUCCGUUUGCAUACUGGUUGGAGUUCUUGUACAAGCAAUGGUCUGUGGCACUCAUAGAUAAUGUAAUUGUUGAAUAUCUCUUUAUGGUGGACUUUUUCUAUUUUGGUGAUGAAAAAUUUGAUGAAAUGGAAUCUAAAAAGAAUUGGCUGGACAUUAUGUUUAGUAACGUUUUUAAGAUUGGACAUGGGUUUGUUAACUGGUUAAUUACCCAUCAACCUCUGAUGUUCCUCCCCGGGAGAGGAACUACCAACAAUCGAGUUGUCUCGCUGACUCUCGCGGCUAGUCAAGCAGUUGUUGGUGGCGUUAGUGGUGGUUCGCUGAAUGGUGGAGUUGGAGGUGCAAAUGUAGGGUCUUGCGAUGCAUAUGCGAUCCUUUUAAUUAUCCGUAUGGUUCAAAAUCAUCAAUCUGCCUUACACAAUGAGUUCCAUGUUCCAAUUGCUGACGAAUAUUUAAAUUCAUUACUCUUGCUUCUCUGGCCACACUUCACGAAAAUCAUCGAUCUUAAUUGUGAAUCAAUGAAGAGAUCUGUUCUCCAUUCAAAAGUAGGAGGCUCUGUCGUUGGUGUCAACUUGGCCCCCGUGGGUGUGACUCAACAAUUUGCCCAAUUUCUUGUUGGUCUUUUAAAAUUGGCCCAUGCUGGAGGAACUGAUGAUACAACUUUCCAAGGUGAGCCACUUUUCAUUUCGAUCCGAAGGCUUAGAAAUGACUUUGAAAGUGUACUUACAAAAGUGAGUAACAGCAUGUUUGCCAAGAAGAAUGGGAAGGAAAAGGAAUUAUUCUUAUUCAAUAAUUACUUUUUGGUCGUUAAUAUAUUGAAAAAUGAAACUAUGGGUGAUAAGUUGUUUGAAGAAGAAAUAACUCAUUUUGAAAUGUUAUGUCAAGCAUAUAAAUCAUAGGGUAUACACAAAUCUCACAAAUCUACACAAUUGAGUUGACCUUCUUGUGAUAUUACUUUAUAUACACUUAUCUAA